AUGGUGAUGAACAGAAGCCUCCAGGAGGUCAACAUCCAGAACAUGAACGUCGAGCUUGUCGCACAGAUGUUCAAGAACUACCAGUCCAACGUUCUAUUCCAUCUAGAAGCGACGGAGAAUUUGAAAGACCCGUCAUCCUCGUCCAGUUCUUGA